AGUUUUAACUGGUAAAAAGUGAGUUUUAAUUGUUUAAAAUGGCUGAAGGAAGUUCUCAAGAGCCGAAGAAGCCUAUGACGGACGAGGAGAGGCUGGCCUUGUGCCAGAAAAUGGACCAGGAGCUUGACGAUUUUAUCAACAGUAUGGAGCGAACAAGAUACACUGAUGGAUGGUCCGAGGACAAGUGGGAGGAAGAAAUGGACAAGCAUCCAUUCUUCAUGAAGACCUUACCCGAGAACGGUGAGAUGUCUGCUCUGGCCGAGGGCCUGGCCAAACUGAAGUACGAUCCGGAGGAGAACACUGCGUUGGAACUGGCUACUAACUAUAAGGAGGACGGGAAUUUCAACUUCCGUCAUAAGAACUACCGGUUGGCUAUACUUGGGUACACGGAAGGCAUUAAAGUCAAAUGCGAUGACGCCGAAACGAACGCAUUUUUAUACAACAACCGAGCGGCCGCGCAAUACCACCUCAAGAACUACCGCUCAGCCCUGGCCGACAGCGAACGAGCCCUAUCUUUCAAACCAGACCACGCGAAGGCCCGCCUCAGAGCAGCUAAGUGCGCCUUCGAGAUAGCCAACUACGAAAAAUGCCUCGAACAUUGCAAUAAACUUCUAGAAGACAACCCUAGCGACACGGAAGCUACAGAACUUGUCACUAAAACUAAAAAAAAAAUCGUUAUCCAAGCCAGAGAUAAACGAAAGCAAGAAAAGCUAGAACAUGUCAAGCGUCAACAAAAAGAUGAGGUUGUCAAAGCGAUUUUGGAGCGAGGUAUUCGUAUUGCUAACUGCGAUGAAGAAGAUGACCUAGAUUUGUCCAAGUUAGAGCCUAGUAUGCCUGGAGCUCAUGAUAAUAUGGUGCAUUUAGAGAAUGGGAAGCUACAGUGGCCGGUGCUGCUUUUUUAUCCGGAGCAUCUCUUAACGGACUUCAUUGUAGAUUGUCCGGAGGAUGUUCCUUUGGAAACUCAGUUGGCUAAAGUUUUCCCCGCUCCGUGGGACACUCAAAACCAAUAUGGAACAGAUAAAAUAAAUGUGUAUUCAGAAGGUUAUAACAAGCUUCCACAUAUCAUAGAUAUUUCCAUGGAUUUGGGAGAUAUAUUGAAAAUGAAAUAUUUUGAGGUGAAAGGUGGGACUCCGUCCUUUGUAGUGGUGCCUCGAGGUAGCCAAGUUGAGAAAAGGUUCCUUUCAGGAUAUUUCUCUUAAAUU